CUUGGAAUCAGACGGAACUUCCUCUAUCAGACGGAAGUUUCUUUAUCUCAGACGGGAGUUUCUUUUAUCAGACGGAAUUUUCUCUAUCUACGACGAAGAGUUUGCUCUCACUCGUCUCUUUCCAGAAAAACUUCCUGCUCCUCUGUGUAAUGAAGUUGCUCCCACCCCCACUCUUCAACAAGCACUCCACUUGACAGCUUGGACAGGCCCUCCCCGACAACAAAAAAGCAAGAGCUCCAAAACGGCGAGCUGGCAUUGGUCGGCCGCGCCAGCUCUGAUAUCAGGCUAAAUUCCCCCAUCAGACGAGGCUGCCGCCUGUUCCCAUGAUGCGCUGCCCCGCCAUCCGCUACAGGCGCGAGGGAAGCUCUGGGGGGAAAAGGUCCCCGCGAGAUCAGCUACCACUCAUGACGACCAUGCCCCACGUCGAUCUGUUUUGCCGGGAAGAAAUAAAAGAAUCAUGAUCAGUUGUUUUCCUCUCUUCUCCUACUGCUGUUAGUUUCUCAGAAACAUUGGGUGAUUAUUGUGUGAACUGCGUCCAAAUUACCCCGCGGUGUUGAACAUAGAGCUUGACGACUUACACCAUGACCGACAACGGACCCCUUUACCUGGGGUUUGACCUCUCAACCCAACAGCUCAAAGCCAUCGUCAUCCAAUCCGACCUCUCCAUCGUCUCCUCCGCCAAAGUCGACUUCGACCAGGACUUUGGCGCCAAAUACAAGAUCAAAAAGGGCGUCCUCGUCAACGAACAAGAAGGCGAGGUCUUUGCCCCCGUAGCCCUCUGGCUCGAGUCCCUCGACCUUGUCCUCCAGCGUCUCCAAGAGCAAAACACACCCCUGAACUGCAUCAAGGGCAUCAGCGGCUCCUGCCAACAACACGGUAGCGUCUACUGGAGCCAUGAAGCCGAGCAGCUCCUCGGCGGUUUAACCGCGGACAAGCCCCUCGUUGACCAACUCGCGGGAGCCUUCUCACACCCCUUCGCCCCCAACUGGCAAGAUCACAGCACCCAGCAUGAGUGCGACAAGUUUGAGGAGACAAUGGGGACGGCAGAGAGGUUGGCUCAGGCCACGGGGAGCGCGGCGCAUCAUCGCUUCACCGGCACCCAAAUCAUGCGCCUCCGCCACAAGCUCCCCCAAAUGUACACCUCCACCUCCCGCAUCUCCCUCGUCUCCUCCUUCCUCGCCUCCCUCUUCCUCGGCUCCAUCGCGCCCAUGGACAUCUCCGACGUCUGCGGGAUGAACCUCUGGGACAUCCCCUCCAAUAACUGGUCAUCCCCCCUUCUCGACCUCGCCUCGGGUGGCUCGCCCGAUGACCUCAGAGCUAAACUCGGCGAGGUAAGACAAGACGGCGGCGGCAGCAUGGGCAAUGUGUCCUCUUAUUUCGUAAACAAGUACAACUUCUCCCCCGACUGCGGGGUGGCCCCUUUUACCGGUGACAACCCCGCCACGAUUCUGGCCUUGCCGUUGAGGCCGCUGGAUGCGAUUGUCAGUCUGGGGACUAGCACGACAUUCUUGAUGAGCACGCCGGUUUACAAGCCGGAUCCGAGCUAUCACUUUUUUAAUCACCCGACCACGCCGGGGCAGUACAUGUUUAUGUUGUGCUACAAGAAUGGGGGUUUGGCUAGAGAAAAAGUGCGUGACGUACUACCUAGUUCUGGGUCUGGAGAUGUCUGGGAGAACUUUAACAAGCACGCGCUCGAGACAGCGCCGUUGGAUGUGCGAAAGGAGGGGGAUAGGGCAAAGCUGGGGUUGUACUUUUACCUGCCCGAGAUUGUACCGAACAUCAAGGCUGGUACGUGGAGGUAUACAUGUGACGCCAACUCGGGGGAGGGGUUGGAGGAGGUGAAGGAGCCCUGGGCCAAGGAGACGGACGCGAGGGCGAUUAUUGAGAGUCAGGCUUUGAGCAUGAGGUUGAGGAGUCAGAAGUUGGUGACGGCGCCGAGGGAGGGGUUGCCGGCGCAGCCAGGGAGGGUUUAUUUGGUUGGAGGGGGGAGUUUGAACCCUGCUAUUACGCGGGUGCUGGGGGAUGUGCUGGGGGGAGCGGAUGGGGUUUACAAGUUGGAUGUCGGGGGGAAUGCGUGCGCGUUGGGGGGUGCGUAUAAAGCUGUUUGGGCGUUUGAGAGGGGGGAUGGGGAGGCGUUUGAUGAGUUGAUUGGGAAGAGGUGGAAGGAGGAGGGGGCGAUUCAGAGGGUGGAUGAGGGUUACAAAAAGGGGGUGUUUGAAAAGUAUGGGAAUGUGUUGGGAGCUUUUGAGAAGAUGGAGGAGGAGAUUUUGAAAGUUGCGAAGAAUACGUAG